GGGACUUGUCAUGAUUGUGAGCUCCAGCAAGCCAUGGUUCUGAUCGAAGUGCUGUGAUAGGGCGAGGGCAUUCUGCUAUGGCCUUGUGGGUGUUGCACCCCUAGUGGCUGUAUAUAAACAGAUUGGAGUGAAGUCAUUGCCAACGAACAGAGACUGUGCCAAAUGAGCAGAUUUAGGGUUGUGGUCGGCAUCGUCAUUGCCAUAAGCCUGGUUGCUUCUUCUGUGGUGAGCUUUUGGAUAACGAGGCAGCAAGAUCCUUUAGAAGAAUUGGGGGUGAGACCAACCUACCCAAGAGGUGCGUUGCCUGGUGACAAGAUUCAGGCAUACCUACAGCUAAAGGAAAAGAUGCGCGAUGAGUUCGCCAAGGAUGCUGUGGGCGACUUGUGGGUUUGCAAAUUGCCUGCUCAUGCUAAAGACAUGCUCAAGUACAGGCUGAUGCAACGAGCCAUUGGAGAUAUGUCUUUGCUGCAAAAAAUUGAUGCAGAUGCGCGUGGCUAUUGGAAGCUCUUUUCCAAGGGCAUCAUUACUUCGAAGUUUUGGAACUCUGUGCUGGCAGCAGAGCGAGAGCUGUCUCAGGAAAUAGAAGCAGUCAAAAAUGAGGCUUUGGCGAUUGAGCCUUCUCAUGACCCGCAAGGCAUUGUGUCUGAGGCAAUGCAGCUGGUUGUGAGAUAUGGUGACAAGAUUUGGGACAAGUUUCCAGAACCACCAGACAAUGCAUCAGGAGGUUCGAAUGCGCUAGCUGCAGCAGCAAAGGCAGUUGCGGCUGCUGGGGGUAUGCCGAGACCUCCUGGAGCACCUGGAUCUUUUCCACCACCUCCAGGACCUCCGCCACCUCAGCAAGGUGGCUCUACAGACACCUACAAGUGGCGGCAGGACACUGAGGAAGUUGAAGUCUCUGUGAUCGUGCCUGACAACACAGCAAAAGCGGAUGUCAAGGUGCAGUUUCAGAGCAAGUCCCUCAAGGUCUUGCAUUCGGGAAAGAUGUUGGUGGAGGGAGCGCUCGCUUCACCAUGUUGUCCAGAAGGUUGCACAUGGACACUGAGCAAGGGCCACGUAGUGGUGACCUUAGAGAAGGCCAGUCCAAAGCCCUGGCGGUCACUUUUCGCAGAGACUUCCUAAAGAUGGGUCGCAGAGACUGCAAGGAGUCAAAAGGGAAGGCAGCCCGGUCGCUCGUGUUCAGAUGCGGAC